AUGCUGAGGGUCAAAAGCUUGCGUCGUCCCGCGGGACUCAAGCCCACCGAUUACGACCAUGAAAUUGACCUGGUUGAUCACGAUGCCGCUGCGACUCCAACAGGGUCAGUUACACCCGAGCCGAAUGAUAUGACGAGAUACUCAACAACUUCAAGAUUGCUGGGUGUCCAAGAAGAAGAGGAAGAGGGCCAAGAUCAAAAUCAUAAUGGACAAAACGGAGAUCAGCAAGACCAGUCAAACAAUAAGCCCAAUGAUACUCCAGCCAACGGACACGACUCGCAUACUGAGGGCGGCAACGACACCCGCCCAUCAUCGAAUCGCGUUGAAAAUGGACAGGAUUUACCACCACAAGCGAGGUCAUCUAUUGAAGUACAAGAGCCUACACCUGAUGCUUUCCACGGAGAUCAUCCUCAGGUGAUGCCGAAGAAACCUCGCGUCAAGCGGGAGACAGCUAUUGAUAUUCUCUAUGAGAAUGAACGAGGGGGUUUCCUUUGUGGUGUUCCUCUGUUCUCUUCACAAGCAUUGGGUGGUCUUGAUCCGCCUGCGUGGACCAAUGGCUACCACAAAGCAUCACCAAGCAACAUACACAACGCACAAGUACCAGACCCCACUUGGGAAUGGGCUUGGCCUGAAUGGCGCAUCAACAAGCAGGAGGGUGUUGACGAACAUGGCUGGGAAUAUUCAUUUUAUUUUUCCAAAAAGUUCUCUUGGCACAGUGGUAAGUGGUGGAACUCGUUCGUUCGGAGACGUGCCUGGACCCGUAAGAGAGUAAGGAAGAGAGACGAGGAUAUAUCGGCCGAUCCGCACAUGCUCAACACCGACUACUUUACGAUUCAACCUGCAUCACACAAAUCGCGACUAUCGCACGCGAGCAUGGCUAGCAGCCGACUAAGUAGGUCGAGCAUGAGCCAGAUAUCCGCAGCCGAUGCAGAUGAGAAACCCCCCGAGAUCGACAACGUGGAGGACCUGUUACAGGCUCUUCGCCAAGCACGCAUAGACCGUGAGAAGCUCGAUGCUGUCGAUAGCUACAUGGAACACGCAGAGGACCUCCAGAAUUUGCAGCACGAGAUGCAUGAGAUUAUGUCUCUCUUCGUCUUUCAACAAUCACGCCGAAUAUUACUUAGCAGACUAAUGGAAAUCCACGACGAAACUACGGCGCAAGUAAAGAAAACCAACACCACUGAGCUUCGAGAACGAAACCAAGCCUUGAAAGACGCAAUACAUCAUGCCGACGAAGAGGUUAGGAAGUUGGCUUACUGGAGCGAUGUCAAGCAAAUGGCUGAGAGCGGCGAGGCAGAACAGGCUGUUAAAGGUGACAAGGGAUGGGAUGCAAGCUGGGAGGGCGUGGAUCAGAGUGGCGGCGCCCACCCGUUACGAGAAAAGGCUAUUGUCAACGGUAAAAAGCCUUCGACAGACUCAUGA